AAACAUAUUUUUUACAUAUAUUUUAGCUGACAUUUGAUACAUUUACCGUCGGACGUUUUCUAUCAUUCACAAAUCAAGGAUGCCCCGAUGGUUUCAUGAUGAUUCGGGAAGAAGGAAGACCAGCAACAGGCGGACAAUGGUGUGGGAGUGCAUGGGGUUACACCGUUUAUUAUAGCGAAACAGCUUCCAUCAAUCUAACGCUAUAUCUCGCCCGAUUAUCUGAACAGGGAAUAGGAUACAAUUUCGACUUUAAGCUGUCGUAUAAAUUUCUUAAAAGAAGUGAAGCGCACCUGCGAUAUGGAAAUAACACACUGUCUACGUGGCGAGGGGAUUUAGUAAACGGAACUUACUGCGACCGAGUUCUGACACGAUGUGACACCCGUGCGUGUCGACUACAAUCGCCAAAUUACCCAGGUGUUUAUCCGAGAAACGUAACUUGUUACUAUCGAAUCGAGCACAAGCGAGCACCGCCCGGACAUCGAGCUCUUCUGGCGGUGAAUCAGAGAAACAGCCAUAAAAUUCACAUAAAAGACCAAGUCGUUAAGUACGACAGAAGCCAGCGUAUAUUGAGAGUUUGGGAUCAGUGUAAUGUUGUCCAGGAUUAUCUUACUGUUUAUGACGGCGGCUCAACGACAGACAGAGUACUAGUUCGUCUUUGUGGUGGUGACACAGUACCAGAUAUUGUCAGCAGUCGCAAUACAAUGCUUCUUGAAUUUCAUACAUCACCCUAUGACAAUCCCUUUCAUCCAGUUCCCUUAUCCUUUCUACCAGGUUUUGAGCUUGAGGUUCACGUUCUAUUUGUCGACGAUAAAUCACGAAGCUUUGUUAAAGAAAACUCCAAUUGUGAUUUUUAUAUAACGAGUUAUGAAAAUCCGUCGGGCACACUUGAAAAUCCAAAACAUUCUCUACCGCCCAAUACAACCUGUCGCUAUCAUUUUCACGGUAAACCCAAUGAAAUAGUAUGGAUAUCUUUCAUAAAGUACUAUUCUGCGAGCACCGAUCCUCCGCCCGCAGCAAGCAUCGACUCACUCAAUAAUGACGACGAUUCAAAUAAUAAUAACAACGAUGAGUGUCAUGCUAAGCUCAUUAUAUGGGACGGAGACCAGACACAGCAGGAUAAGCAUUCAGCUUCCCCUAAAAAAAAAAUCCGGUUGAUGGGACAGUUUUGCAAGGAUGAGAUACCAGUAUUAUGUGACCACAGUCUCUUAAGGAACAGUAGUCGUCAUACACGUCCUUGUAGCCUUGCCGAGAGUUAUGUUUCUACCGGGCGAGACUUAACUCUCGAGCAUAUUCUCCGUCAAGGCAGUGCUCUUUAUCCAAUAAGCUUCGUGUUACGGUAUGAAUUCGUCCACAAUUCAAUGUCUUGCCAUUUGGUUUUCACUUCAUCCUCAAGCUUCUCUUUCUCCUCCUCUUCCUUGGGAGGAUCCAGCCGGCAUGAUGAAUCGGUGGUUAAAAAGUCUGCCGGAAUAUCCGGUAAAUUUUCGUCCCCAAAGAACGUAUUUUUGUACGGACGUGGAGGAGCACAUAAUCUGAGCUGCGUUUAUCGAUUCGAGGCGGAGCAAGAUCAGAAAGUUGAGAUAUCUAUUUCAAGAGCUUCCUUUGGCGAUAAAGUAUGCAUGUCGUAUGUGGAUCCUCUGGUGAAUAGAUGGACAUGCGAUCGCCGGACAUCAGACGUUAAAUUAACUGGACUCGCUGAGCUUGUUGUUUCGGAAUAUCCUUGGCCCGGUGUUAAGCUUGUACGUGAUUGUUUCUGUUCAAAUAUCACUGGCAACGCUGACAAUGAUAGUACCAACAACAACAACUACCGUGUCUCACUUACCUCGCUGACGUCCAAUAUUGUUGAACUCAAGUUUACAAUAACACGUAUGAAUGUUACUCAAGAUUACAACGAUUUUUUUUUCGAAGGAGAGUAUCGUUUUGUCUCAAACAAUGUACCAGUUGAGAACAAUGAGGAUAGUGAUGAUACCAGAAAUCACGGUAACGAGGACGACGACAACAACAGCGACAAUGAAGAGCAGAAGCUACAGAAAAGACAGCAACAGCAAUCACGACGUCGAUGCCCGUCGCGAUUAGAGGACCGCAAACUUCGUGGUACUAGCGGUGAAAUAUCACUCAAGAGUCCGCUAUUGUCUGUAAGACAUUACGACGGAAGUGAUUUCGGCAAGACUACUGGCAGUGACGUUGCGGCUGUUGAAGAAAUACUUAAAAACACUGAUGAUCUAACAACUACGGCUAUUGCCACUCAUCAGUGUAUAAACGAGCCAUGGCUAAUUGAGCCAGAGGAUCCACGGAUUAAUUUUAUCUAUUUACGUACUACGGGUUUCGCUAUAAAUGCCGAUAAUAUUGCUGAUUGUAAUACGCUCAAUAGAAUAAUUGUAUACUCGGCAAUCAACACUAAAGAUAAAAGUGUAAUUUGUCCUGAAACGAGGAGUAAUAACGAUGGCAAUAAUAGUCAUAAUAGUAAAAAUAAUAAUAAUAAUUAUAAUAAUAAAAAUAAAAAUAAUAUUAAUGGUAAUAAUGAUAAUGAAAAUUCUAAAACGGUGGAAUUUUUUAGUGGCGGAUGGAAUCAUACGUCCGCGACAAUUACCGCUGACGGAAUGUCUUCAUUUAUUCCCAGCUCGCCUAUUACACAACAGCAUGCGAGGAGUUUUGUAGUUGAAUUUAUCCAAAAAGAGCCCGGCACUUAUUCUGUCAUGUGGAUUGCUAUCUCAAAGAGUGCUCGCGCAGCAACGGAUACACAUUAUUUCAAUACUGACGGUGAUAAUAGUGCCGGUAAUAUUUUUUCAAUGGUCCCUCCGAUUGAAGAUUGUCCAUACAGAUGUCCAGAGAUAAAAGCCUGUAUAAGUUCUGUUUUGUGGUGCGACGGAAUAAAACACUGUCCAUCGGGUUUCGAUGAAGAAGAAAUUAACUGUUCAUAUCGCUUCGGGGUAACUCUACUCUACGUUGCGGUGGGAGCGGGUAUUCUGGGAGUAUUCUUGGUUCUCCUUUUGGCGACGGGUUGCCUCAAGUACUGCUUAUAUCGGCACAAAAUACGAACAAAGAAGAAGAAGAAAAAGAAGAAAAACAGUUUGAACUCACUGAACGUCAACAACAUUCACGUUAAUCACAUGCAUCACCAUCAUAAUAAUGGGUUAACGAGUAGUAGUCAAUUGCAAAGCGGUGGUGGUGGUGGUGCUGGUGGCCAAUACAAUAUCACUAGUCAUCCGCAAGAUUUAUACACCAGUGAUAAUUACGGUAAAGAUAGCAUCUGUUGACAAUACGCCAUAGCCAAUGUCGAAACAACCGUAUAAUUAAUAUUAUUAUUAUUAUUGUCACAAUAGUAUUAAUAAUGGUAUCAUCAACAAUGAAAUUAAUUAUUGUUUUUGUUACUAUUAUUAUUAUUAUUAUUAUUGGUAUAAGACAACUGAUUAUAAUAUUCGAUGAUAAUUCUAAACACAAAGCAAUGAUAAUUGGAUAAUUUGUUUCAACUUAAAAAUUUAAUAGGCAAUAGCUUAUAUAACUAUUAUAAAUAUAAUAUAUAUGUAUAUAUAAAUAUAUACAUUAUACAUAAAGGUGGGAUAGAAGAAAAUUUAUUGGAUAAUAGUUAUUUUUUCUUAAUGAGAUAAUUGAAUAAAUAAUAUUUGCAAUACAUAAGCCGGCUAUCGAGUGGAAUAUAUCGACGCAACUAAUUGCGGCACCAUACGCAUUUAGUUUGCUAAGUACAUACCAAUUUAUUAAGCUUUUGUACAUUAUACAUAUAUACAUUCUUAUAUAUACGUAUGACGGGGAUAAAUAAUAAUAA